AUGGAGGUCCAUAUGCUCAUUGAAAGAAAGAUGAAGCGAACGGCAAGAGCAAGCUCUACGUGCGAUGCCUAUGGUACUCAAGAGCAAGAAGACAGACUCAGUUUAUUGCCGGAUGCUCUUUUAAUCUACAUACUCUCUUUUGUCGACACCAAAUUAGCAGUUCAAUCUUCAAUCUUGUCCAAACGAUGGGUAAAUCUUUGGACCUUGCUCCCUGUUCUCAAUUUCGAUUCUUCCUUUUUCCAAGAGGAGCAAAGGUAUACCCUAGAUAACUUCGUAUACAAGGUUACUUUCGAUAAUUUCGUCGAAAAGGUUUUAGCUAGUCGUAAUGGAGCAAUCAAGAUUGAUAGUGUUAAUAUUAAGGUUACCGAUCAUAAAAUCAUGGCUAGGGUCUUUCGUUAUGCCUUGUCGCAGGGUGUUCCCAAUGUGAGCAUCGAUACUUCCCAAAACCUAAGUAAAUAUCAUCCCGUUUCAUGCGUUAACUCCAGUGAUUCCUUGAUGAAUUUGACACUAAAAGGGAUGCUGAAUUUUGGAAAAUUUCCCAACUUUUCUGGGUUGAUUAGUUUGCGACUUGAACGGGUUAAGAUAGUUGAAUCCGAACCCUUUUCCUGUUUCCCCAAUUUGGAAGAGUUGUUUCUGGUGAACUGUAAGCUUCCGUCUGAAUUGCCUGUUCUUGAAGUGAUUGCUUUCCAGCUGUCAAGAUUGACAAUCUCCUCGUGUUUUUAUCCUAUUCCUUAUUGA